CCUCGGGCUCGAGUCCUUCUCCCGCAUGGCUGGAGGAUACUUGGGAUCGCGCAGCAACGUCGGGGGCAGGGUGAUGCUACCGAGGUAUCCGCUCAUCACACUGUCUCUGUCACCCUCGGCCUUGCUCCUGCUCUCCGCUCGGGAUAGUCUGAAACGCAGAAUAGAAACGAUCGAAUCGUGUCUGAAUGAUUGUCGCAGAGGAUGCUGUGAUCGUGAAGCCAGAGCGAACAAAGCUGGACGCCGAGACGCAGUCAGCGAUACAUCAAAUUUCUAAGUACACGGUGCCCGAGAUGCCUGACGCUGAUACGAACUGUUGGGUCGCCGCCACUACCACGCCGCGCCAUUUAUGGGGGGCCAAGAGAACAUCGGAACCGUUUACGGGGCACACCGGGUACGUCCCACCUGGAGAAUCCUCGCCGCUUCUUCUUGCCUGGGAAGCGGGUCCCCGUCGGUCGCGACUUUCGGCACCGCGAUGCGUCGUCUCGAGGCACUUUGCGUCAACAAUGUGGCGAAAUAUUUAUUUCUGGUCUGGCAAAGCUUGCGAUGACACGGAGAAGACAAAUGAGCGAGCACAACAAUGUCAGCAUUCGCCGUUCGAGCUCUUUAAAUUAUUCACGGUUAAAACUCCUGGCCCCUCGCAUUGUCUAUCUCUUUUUAAUGACGUCAGAAGCGAGAAAAUGCACGCUAAAAAUUCUUGCGAAAUACGUUAAAA